AUGAAAAGUUGCCAAAAACAGAUUCAUCAAAUAUGGGCCAGAAAUUUAUCAAAAAUGCCGAAAGCUCUAACAAGACGCACUUCAAUCAACUGGGAGUAUCCGAGAACUGAGAAGAAUAUCAGAAAGCGACAAAGAACAAAUUUAAAUCAAUUAAAACAAGCACAAGACAACCUGAACGCACAUUUACAAAGCGUUAAAGAUUUACCGUAUCAACAAAAGCAAGAGGAAAUAACGAUGGAACAUAUCGAAUCAUUAGACGCCAUCGAGACAUUCGUACAUCAAAGUCUACAACCAGUCCUUACCAAUUUUGAACAAAAGAAGAUAUUAUUGGAAAUCGAUAGAAACGCAGUUCAACUGGUGAAAUCGUUCUAUGAUUUGAGCCCAUCAUCAGAUCAGAUUGAAUUAGCCCUCAAGAUUUGGUCGAUAACAUCGAAAAAUUGUCAACAAGCCGUGGUUCAAACGAAAAAUGAAACGAUUCAAGAUAAUAAUAAUAUAGUGACAAAUGGAGAGCUCAAACACUUCCCGAAACACCUCGAACAACAAAAUCGACUUUUUUCUCUUAAAUUAUCGGCUCCUUCAAUUGCUAGUAUUAUCGAAGCUCGUCGAAGAAAUAUCGAAAAACGUGUUAAACAAAUCAAUGAAUUCAAAAAAGCGACUCCUAAACUACAGACACCUCGUUUUCAUCGUACUCAUCAGACUCGCGCGAAACAUUCUAUUGCCGAUUGA